AUGGAUGGAGCGAGCGAGAUAGGACUUGCGGCUGCAUCUGCAGCGGCAUCCAAGUUAGCCAGCAAAGGCCGUGCUCAGGUCGUGGAGGAUCUGCAGGAGAAGGAGGCGCGGCAAGCGCAAGACUGGGACACAGAGGUGCGUAAACGAUGGCGACAGAACUUCGCCCGGCAGCAUGAGCCGCUGAACCAACCUCAGGGCCAGAAUCCUGGCGAUGUCUCCUUCACGAGGUGGCUUUGCCCCACAAGCCGCAUCCACGACAGACAAGCCUUCCACGGCAUAAGGAAUGCCCGCAUGCAGGAG